GCUUUAUAUUAAAACUAUUACACAUUAAAAAAAUGUCUGCAAUGUUGUCUAAAUGUCAAAUGUAGUGAAAUUUCUUUUAUUUUCGCCAUGACCUGUAAUUUGUGAGUUGUGGUUUCUAAUGGAUAGUGCUUAAAUACCUUUCAUUUUAUCGUUUUUAAUAAAUUUUCAUCAUGAACGGGUUAAGUUUCAGUGAACUCUGUUGCCUGUUUUGUUGUCCGCCAUGCCCAGGGAAAAUCGCGGCUAAGCUUGCAUUCCUGCCUCCCGAACCCACGUAUGCAUUUACACCUGACGAAACUGGAUCAAAAUUUUCUUUAACACUCACCGAACGAGCAGAAUGGCAAUAUUCAGAGCGUGAAAAAGAAAACAUCGAAGGUUUCUAUUCUAGAACUACAAGAGGCAACCGAAUCGCUUGUCUCUUUGUUCGGUGCAGCCCAAACGCCCGUUUUACAAUAUUGUUUUCUCAUGGAAAUGCGGUAGAUCUCGGACAGAUGAGUAGUUUUUAUUUAGGUUUAGGUACUAGGAUAAAUUGUAAUAUAUUCAGCUAUGACUACUCUGGAUAUGGUGUAAGUGGUGGUAAGCCGUCAGAGAAAAAUUUGUAUGCGGAUAUUGAUGCAGCUUGGCAAGCACUAAGGACACGUUACGGUAUCAGCCCAGAGAACAUCAUCCUGUAUGGGCAGAGCAUUGGCACAGUGCCCACAGUGGAUCUGGCCGCGCGCUAUGAGGUGGGCGCCGUGGUGCUGCACUCGCCGCUCAUGUCUGGUAUGCGGGUAGCUUUCCCCAACACUAAGAGGACAUGGUUCUUUGAUGCUUUUCCUAGUAUCGACAAAAUUCCAAAAGUGACCUCUCCGGUUCUUGUGAUACACGGUACUGAAGAUGAGGUGAUUGAUUUUUCACACGGCUUGGCGAUAUACGAGCGCUGUCCCCGCGCCGUUGAACCUUUAUGGGUUGAGGGAGCAGGUCACAAUGACGUGGAACUGUUCAACCAGUACCUGGAGAGGCUGAAACGGUUCGUUUCCGUGGAGCUGCUCAACUGACAAAGACUGCCGGCCGCUGGCCAAACUACUCAAGGCGAUGAACACAAUCCCGCAUCGACAUUGAGCUCCGGAACUUCGAGUUCGGCCACAGAGAGACUACUCUAGCUAGCGGGGGCCGGGCCCAGUCGGGCCGGCCCCAACAAAUCCAGCGCCAACGGUCCCGCGAGCCCGCACACCUCGCGCGACCGCGACAAACGUGCAGACCCCGAGCCCGCGCCCCCGCCACCGCCUCCGCCCGCG